AUGAGACCAUUGCAACCUCGGCGGAAACCUUCAAUAACAGGAGAUGUCCCUCAAAUCCGACAACCCUUGACAUCCUCCUGGCUGCGAUGGGCAGUCCUAGCAAUUGUGCUAUUUGCGGGAACAUUCUUGCUCUUUCCCUCACGUAGCAAAGAGGUCGUCACAGAUCUACGCCUGUUCCACCAUACGCCAACCCAUCAACCACCAAUACAGAAGAAUAGUACGAGUGGGGACGUCCGGUGGUUCAACGAUUGGAAGUGGUUAAAUCCAUUCUCUGCAUCAGUUACCCUAGAUGAUGGUAGAUCCGUUCUCCCUCCACUGCAUACGCGCCCAACUGUCUACACCUUUUACGACACGGAAGAGGAGAGGGACGAAAAGAUUAGAAAUGCCGAAAACAAGCUCUUGCUGAUUUGGCGUCGGGCUUGGUGGGCUCAAGGGUUUCGUCCAGUAGUGCUUGGGCGGUCAGAAGCAAUGAGCCAUCCUCUGUACGAAUCCUUCCAGACCAAGAGACUUCCAAAACAACUGCAAGCAGAUUUUAUGCGCUGGCUAGCUUUUGGUCGGAUGGGUACUGGUAUCCUUACAAACUGGCUGUGUCUUCCCAUGGGCGCCCACGAUGAUAAUCUACUCUCCUAUCUUCGACGUGGCUCAUAUCCCAAGCUUGCUCGAUACGAGGGUCUUGACAGCGGCCUGUUUUCAGGUCAAGGCGAGCACGUUGAUACGGCCAUUAAAGAGGCGCUUGCAUCAGACUCACUCAAAGACAAGAAAGCUCUCAUCGAUGCCGUCCAGCCUGCGACAAUUAGUACGGAUGGGAAACCGUCCGCUAUCGCGUUCUAUGACGCCAACACGAUUGCACAGCAAUACAAGCCAAUAAACACAAAGUUGACGGAGAACAAAGCUCAAGCACUUACCUCGCUUGGAGAGCUGAUUCUUUACCACCUUCAGUCAGCAUUCCUAGGCACCUUCACAGACAGCCUUGCAGUUCUUGCUCCUUUCGCCGAUAGGGCUCAUCUAAUGACCCAGCCAGCUCAUGUCCUUGCCAAUGCUCUUCGGACGUGCCCCAAAACUCCCAUACCUGAGUCGUGUCCACCAAACAUGCCUACAUGCAAACCAUGCGCUCCUGAAACUCUUCCCCCGAUCUCUACACCAGGGAACUAUCUCAACUCUUCCACUAUCUAUACGAUAGGCACCUUGCCCCACCCGUACACUUUCGCUUCCCUGCUCUCAAAGACGAAAGAGAUCACGGUGCGGCAUAUUCGGAGAGAUACGGCAAGGGAUCGGUGGCUGGGCGCUGUAACGCAGAAAACGUUGGGUGGGGAACUUGGUGGACCGGGUCGGUUGCCUGGCUUUAAGGAAAACGUCGCUGGAGAGAAACAAGUUGGUAGUAGCUUUUGGAUGGUCGACGAGUCUCCUCCCUCACGAAAAGAUGUAGAGUACCACUUCGGAUUUGCGCUGCCCACCUAUAACGAGACGGAUAGAACGGUGUUGACAACUCCUUCACCAGCUAUUGGAAGCGAGGAAAUCUCGAAGAAGGAGAAGAAGGCUGAAGAGAGAGACCUGCAGCGCCAGCAAGAGCUACUUGACGCAGCAAGGGAGAUUGCUCGGCGCAAGCCAAAGAAAGGAGAAAGUGACGUGAAAGCGAUGGUCGAAGCUUGGAACCUUGCGGACACGGAAGCCUGGCGAUUUGUGAGAGCUCUGAGAGCACGAGAGCAGGUGGAGAGGGAAAAGUGGGAACAGGAAGAGCGGAAGUUCGCAGGCGGCGAAGAGACCGACGGUAGUUGGCGAUGGUUUGAUAAAAGGCGAAAAGAGACUCCUUAA